AUGUUUAGGAAUUUUAUUAAAUUAGGAGGCUGCUUAGGCUUAUUGAGUUCAUCAAAUUUAUUAUGCAAUUAAAUUAAAGAUAAAAAUUAAGAUGACCAAUUACCUCAUUUUCAUUUUCUUAAUGAUCAUGAUUUACAAAAAUUAUAAAAGAAACAUUCAAAUUUAUCUAUUAUAGAUAGAAGUUAUACAGAACACAUUCUAUCAGUAAUUAGAGAUGUAUAAACAGAUUUAGUGGUAUUAAUAACAAUUAUUCAAGGAUUUUAGAAAAAAUGCUGAUCGUUUAAUUAGAAUUCUUAUUGAAUAAGCCAUUUCUUAAAUUGAAAAAAAGAAACAUGUUAAAUAAUCUCCAUUAGGAUAUUAUGAUGCUCAUGAAUUAAAAUUUGAAGAUGAAGAGUAUUUUUUAUUAAUAAUUAAGAAUAUGUUUUGUGAGUAUUUUAAGGUCAGGAAAUGCAUUUUUAAUUGAAGCAUUGAAAAUUAUGACUGGAGCAUCAAUUGGUUAAAUACUAAUUUAAAGAAAUGAAGAAACUUCUUAACCAUCAUAUUUUUUCUAAAAAUUACCAAAAAAUAUUAAGGAUUAAUAAGUCAUUUUAGUGGAUCCUAUGUUAGCUACAGGAGGUAGUGCUAGUAUGGCUUUAAAGAUUUUAAAAAAUCAUGGAGUCAAAGAAGAAAAUAUUACAUUUUUAACAUUAGUUAGUUGUGAAUAAGGAUUAAGUAAAUUAUUUAGUGAAUAUCCUAAAAUUAAGAUUAUUACAGCUUAAGUUGAUCCAAUCUUAUUGAAGGAUAUAAACUUUUUGGCUCCAGGAGUAGGUGAUUUUGGAGAUAGAUAUUUUGGGACUGUUAAAAAGAAUUAAGUUAAAUAAUGA